AUGACCGUUAACCCCGUAGAACCAGAGAAUUAUCAAGAAGACAAGACCAAAGAUGCCGAAGUCACCGUCUGGGACACUGAAUCUGAUAUCUCGAGGAACCCAAAGCAAAUCUCUUGGUUUGUCAUUUUUGCCAGCGCUCUUGCCAAUUUCUCGGAUGGAUAUCAAAACAAUCUGUCCUCACACACAAAUGUAGUCUUUAGCCACACUCUCGGAAAAGCAUACACCUCAACCAUUCAGACCAGGAUAUCAAAUGCUUUGCUCGUUGGUGCUGUCAUUGGAAUCAUUGUUCUUGGCUACACCUGCGAUAUCUGGAGUCGACGUGGAGGACUCUGGGUCACUUCUUCUCUGGUUGUGAUUGGAAGUUUGCUUUCCACUCUGGUGUUUCAGGUUCAAAGCCAGGGUGUUUCGGAUAUGAUGUGGUAUAUGACUAUUGCGAGAGGAAUUACUGGUGUUGGUGUGGGAGGUGAAUAUCCUCCUUCUGCUGCUGCUGCAUUGGAAGGCAGUAAUGAGCAUUACGAUCACAUCAGAGGACCCAUCCAAGUACUCACCUCAACCCUCAUGGCCACAUCCGCAGCGCCAAUCUGCACAGCCAUCUACCUAAUCUCUCUCACCGCCAGUCACAACAACCUUCGCAAAGCUUUCCACGCCAUCUACGCCAUUUCAAUCUUCCUACCUCUCUUUGUCGCAUUCCUCCGCUUCCGUAUGCGCGAUGGUAUUCUCUUCCGCCGCAACAACUUCAAAACCAAAAAAUCUCCGCCAUAUCUACUGGUCUUGAAGAGAUAUGGAUGGAGGUUACUAGGCACCUCUGCAGCAUUCUUCCUCUACGAUUUCAUCAAUUUUCCGAAUGGGAUCAUGAGUUCUGUCAUUAUUAAUAAUGUGGUCAAAGGGAAGGAUGUCAGACAGACAGCAAUCUGGCAGUUUAUUCUUGCGCUUUUGGCGGUGCCUGGUCCUGUCGUUGGCAGUUGGCUUUGCAACCGCAUUGGACGUCGUUGGACUGGUAUUGCAGGAUGGACAGGCUACAUCGUCCUCGGCUUCAUUAUUGGCGGCUGCUACACCAAGCUCACCCAAAAUGCCAUUGCCGCUUUUGUGGUGCUCUACGGCUUGAUGCAAUGUUUCGGCCACAUGGGUCCUGGCGCAACCAUCGGCCUCAUGAGUGUAGAACUCUAUCCCACAGCCGUACGAGGCAUGAGUUAUGGUAUCUCCGCCGCAUUUGGCAAAGCAGGUGCUGCAGUGGGAACACAGGUCUUUACACCCAUCAGAGAUGCUGCAGGUCCUGCAUCGACGUUUUAUCUGCUUGGUGGGUUGUCGGUGCUUGGAGCGGCGAUUUACUAUUUCUUGCCUGAGGGAAAGGACAUUGAUUUGGCCGCUGAAGACGAGAGUUUUAAUAUUUAUCUCAGGAGUGAAGGGUUUGGGAAGGAGGAAGGGAGUGCUGGAAGCGAAUAG